GACGCUCGCGAUUACAGCCGCUGAGAACGCGGUGCGCCCACUGCGAGUUCGCGCUCCGACAGCCCACCACAGUCCCAGUACAACACGACGCCUGCCACAACCGCCGCCGUUCUGCAGCACCACCGCCUCACGCUACCUGCGCCAAAAGACUCUCGCGUCCGCUACAAGAACUGUGGGGAACCAACAGCCGCGCAGACGACUUCCGUGAGAGGAGACAGCUGUAUUGUCGUUGCGGAAUCUCCUUCUGGAUUUUUCCCAGGGGACGUUGUCCCUCACUCCCUCUAUAGCGUCACUGUACUCGCUCUCCCUACAGGCGCGCCAUGUCGCUGCAGCUGGAGCAGCUGUCAGAGCCUGCGGCGCUGCGCCUCGCCGCCGCCUGCCGCAGCAGGGUGUACCCGCCGGGUGCGUACCGGGUGCGGCCCAGCGGCUGCAUCGUCACCGACCUCUACCCGCAGCACGCGCAGGCACUCAGGGACUUCGACAUCUACGAAGACGACCUCUGGAUCGCCUCCUACCCCAAAUGCGGAACAACAUGGACGCAGGAGAUGGCCUGGCUGAUUGCAAACGAUUGCGACUUUAAAACUGCCAAGGAGAAGACUCUGAACGACCGAGUACCGUUUUUUGAGAUGAUGACGGUGCUGGAACUGCCGCCAGAGAUCACGGACGAGGCCCUGAAGGGCGCCUACAGCGGCAACAUCAAACGGCCUCGCUACUUCAAGACGCACCUGCCCAGGGACCUGCUGCCCAAGCAGAUAUGGACCAAAAAACCCAAGAUCAUCUACGUGUCUCGUGAUCCGAAGGAUGCAGCGGUGUCGUACUACCACCACCACAGACUCUGGAGCGGAUACACAGGCACCUUCAACGAGUUCAUGGACGCUUUCCUCGACGACUUGGUGCUCUUCAGUCCCUUUUGGAGCCACGUGCUUGACUACUGGACUCUACGCCAUGAACCAAACAUUCUUUUCAACACAUAUGAAGAAAUGAAGAAGGAUCUGCCCGGGGUGAUUCGCCGCACGGCGCGCUUCCUGGACCGUCACCUGAGCGAGCAGCAGGUGGAGCAGCUGGCGCAGCACCUGAGCUUCAGCAGCAUGAAGGACAACCCGGCCGUCAACAACGAGAAGUACGUCCAGGAGGAGAUCCGCCGCAACCAGAUGGACGACCGCGACGGGCAGCUGCGCUUCGUGCGCCGCGGCGAGGCCGGCGGCUGGCGCGCGGAGAUGACGGCCGAGCUGGCCGAGCGCUUCGAGGAUUGGACGCGCCGACACCUCGAGGGCACCGACUACCGCGUCGGCGUCUCCGGCGGACACUGAACCGCGCUCAGCUUUCCCACAAUACGUCUCGGGAGCGCAAGCUUAACAGAGCAAUUUUUGUCAGCUGCCAGCAAUCAAACUUUCAUCCUCUUUUAUUCUCUUGUGGCAACAAUCACGAAAGCCCUUCAUAUUCUAGUAACGGGACUGGACCAUCCAGUAAUCAUUAUCAGACUGUAAGCACAUACUGACAGCACUGACAUUGUUUCAGUUCCUUUGUCGAAUUGAAAUAACAAAGUUCGGAAAUCAACGGGCAACGUUACGUCACUGCUCCCUGCACGUGCUUUUCGUCCGGUAACGAAUACUGGCUGAUCGAAACUGGUUACGCGAAAUACUUUCGGGAUUGUCGUCAUUAGUAAAUAAAAGAAGAUAAUUUAUCACAAAUAUCCUUCAUUAUUUCCGAAGAGAUCUUUAUUUGCUGUCAGUUUCAGUCUAUUUCACCAUCCUCAUGCAACACACACUAUUUCUAUGUGGUGUCCGCAGAGCAUGGAGCUAAACCGCUACAUCCUCCGUUUGACCUGAAGAUGGCCGAUGGUGACCUAAGGACGUAAUUACAUAUUGAAAUUAUAGUUAAUUUACCACUCAGAUAGUUAUUAUUGGCGUCUACAGUAUGACUGAACUGUGGCUAUAUCCAAAAUAAAGGUUUAUUAGGUAGAUUAUGUGGUUACAUGAUACAUUCUUCGGAUAUUUACAAACUGUGUGGCGCUGCGUAUACUUAUGUUCAAGGACUGGCAGCUGUUUGCCACUUCACUGUGUGGAAGCCGCUUGUAGCCACUAAUUGCUGCUGAGCUCGUGUAGUUACUUAGAACUUCUAUGAUAGUCAUAGACUAGGAACACUAUCUUUCCUCCUAGUGUGUUUGAUGUUUCAUUAUGCUACCUUACAGCCAGUUACCAAAGAUAAACGAAUAAGUGAGCAAAUAAAACAAGGAACAGAUGAACAACAACAUGAGAGUGUUCCCGUGCAUUUCUUUAGCCAGCACUGUUUUCGAGCUAUAUUUCUACUCCAAUUACCUUCUCAAGUGUGGUUAACAUCUUUUUAUUUGUUUCCGAAGCUUUCUGCUCCCUGUGCAAUUGAAGAAAGUUUUGGAGUUUAACAACAGUUGCCAGUGGCUCCUCUGUAUUUCAACAUAGUCACACAAGACACUUGAAAACAUUAAGAAAUUUUGCUAACAAAGCUGUCGCAUUCUAGACAAAGCAAUUCCAUAUUGAAGAGGUCAACAAAGGACAAACAGUUGACAAUAUAUUAUUUCGUCCUUUACUUCUGGUUAUGAUAAUAACAACAACUCAAGUUUCAUUUAAUAAUACCGGCAGUCAUAUCAAACACAUCAUAACGAUUUCAAGAAUAAGUGAUUCAUUUAUUUUUCUUUCAAAAUCAACAUCGUCUGAACGAAUCAAAGUUUCUGUAACGGGAGGCCACAGAAAAGGAUUUGUGCGUAUUUCACAUAUUAAAAUAUGUUCUGAGGAUUAAUGUAAUUCAGCUGCUCUAUACGUCAACACAGGAAGUUUCCGGUGACACUCUUCAAACAAUGCCUUCUUUCCAUUCGUGCGAACGGGAACUGAAAUCAAAUGUUGCCUACAAGUACAAACAUUGUCAUUUAAUUUAUCUCAUUACAGUGUUCACACGCAAUGAACCUCACGAUCGUGAGCAUUAUAUGGAAUUGCGGAAAGCAAUACGUUUUGGUGGAAUUGAUAUUGUUGAUAGAGGUUUCUCCUCAGCCCCGAAGUACAGAUUCUGGACGAAUGUCCAUCGCUAAGUUAGCGCACUGUAGUUAACGGUAACAGCGGACAAAUUCAAAACAGUAGUUCAUCCGUAUCUUAGUAACAGAACAUUUUUAUGAAUAAACGUUUGACUAAGCGAGAGAUUAUAAAACUGUGUGACCAUAUAUUUUCGGGAAACUUGUAAAAAUGUACCAUAUAUUCCAUAGAGGCCAAAAAGUAUGCCGUUUGUGUUAGGAGAGUUGUGUCUGCAACAAGUGAUUUGUUACGAAGCGGAAAAAUAAAUUUCGGGCAAGCUUGUUCUAAACACGUGGCAGAAUAUAUCAUUCGUGACACACAGCUGUAUAUCUUAACGGUUGCAACAAAAUACUGUACGCAAUAAAUGGAAAUACCGUUGUUUCAAGCAACAAACUGCCUAUAAUCGUUCAGUAAAUCCAGGUCACCACUUUUAUACCUCUCUUGUUCAAUUCAUAAGACAUUUCGGGUGCGUCAUGGAUAAAUGCGUCCAGCAAUCGCGAACCGCAUGCAAAUGGCAUUCAAAUGUACAAAUGUUUGUUUGCUGGAGUUCAGGUAUUUAUGCAGAGUUUAAAUCAGUCAGGUAGGGUGUAUACGUAAUAUGUUAGUGGCAACUGGGAUUCCUUUCUUGUCCUCUUUUGUUGUUGCGUCAUUAUAUAGCAAAUAUACUUUUAACAAUUACACCUGUAUAACAAAGCGAAAGAGAAAAAUGUAUCUUCUGGUACUGCAUUUCAUACGACCUACACAAGCAAGAAACAAAUUAUGGAAACUAGCAGCCCAGAAUUCUACGUCUACCUUUACUAUUCCUAUAAAACAUUUGAAAUUAGUCUGUUUCAAAACUAUUUACACUUUUUCACACUGAUUAUUUUCCAACAAUUUGCAAACAUCAAACGAAACUUGCAAAUAAAUCCCAACUCAUCAAACUGCACCUAAUGUCAGCAUUGAUACCAUCUUCCACGACCAACCGUAUUUCUCAUGGGGAGAGAGGGGGGGUGUUACAAAACUUUGCAAAUAUAGUGACAUCAUAGUUCAAAUUAUCAUUUUAAACUCAAGUAGAUCUCUAUACGCCGGACAGCACUGAGAAGACCGUCUUGUGUACUCUCUAGCUCUCCAGACGGCAUAGUGAUUUUAAUGGUUACCUGUACAGUUAUACAGUCCUUCAAGGAACAUAACGGAAGAAAACUGUAGCCGCUAUGCACGUCACAUAGCUUUCUUUUGUAAUUUAACGUCUAUUCUACAGCGGUGAACGAAAUUCCUUUGUUCGUUGUUAUUUGUGUGCAAUGAUGAUAUACUUGUUGUUGUUGAUAUGCUAAUAUUUUCAUGCACAUGCUGUGUUGGGAAAAUUUGUGGUCUCAUUAACACGUGAUUAUAUAUCUGUAAUUGUUGUUAUACGUUCUAAUACUAUAAAUAUUAUUAUACAAAACUUGUCUGUAACCCCAAAUUAUACUGAGUACUAAAUAAAUAUUAAUAUGUUGA